AUGGCUUUGGAUACUUUAGAUUUUACAGUAAUGAUUGCCAUUGCGGUGGCAAUGAUUGCAUAUUUUGCAAAGAAUAAGAUAUUUGGUGGCGAUGGAACUUCUGCCGGGUUUACUGCCAGUGUUGGAGGAGAGACAUCUAGAAAUUUGGUUGAAACUUUGCAAAAAAAUGGAAAGAAUACCAUUGUAUUCUUUGGAUCUCAAACCGGUACCGCGGAGGAUUAUGCUUCUAAAUUGGCGAAAGAACUCAGUUCUAAGUUUAAUUUGAAAGUUUUGAUUGCAGAUUUAGCUGAUUAUGAUUAUGAAAAUUUUGCUGAUGUCGGUGAUGAUAUUUUGGUGUUUUUUUUGGCUGCCACUUACGGUGAAGGUGAACCAACUGAUAAUGCAGUUGAUUUCUUUGAAUUUAUAGAUAAUGAAGCAGAUAACUUGUCUUCUUUAAGAUACUCGGUUUUUGGUUUAGGUAAUUCUACUUAUGAAUUCUAUAACGCUAUGGGUAAAAAAAUUAAUACUAGAUUAGAAGAAUUAGGUGCUGAAAGAUUUGCUGAAUAUGGUGAAGGUGAUGAUGGUAAUGGGACUAUGGAUGAAGAUUUCUUAGCUUGGAAGGAUUCUGUUUUUGAAUCUUUGAAGAAUAAUUUAAAUUUCGAAGAACAUGAAGCAGUUUAUCAACCAAAUAUUGAAUUAACGGAAAUUGAAGAAAUGCCCCUUGAUGAUCCCCAUGUUUCUAAUGGUGAACCAAGUAAAGCUUAUGUCACCAAAGCUAAUACCGAUUUAACCAGGGGUCCUUUUGAUCAUUCUCAUCCUUAUAUUUCUAAAAUCACUCACACUAAAGAAUUAUUCGAAUCAAAAGAUAGAUCUUGUGUUCAUGCUGAAUUCGAUUUAUCAAAUACUAAUUUAAGAUAUUCUACCGGGGAUCAUAUCGCUAUUUGGCCAAGCAAUGCAAAUGAAAAUGUUGAUUAUUUCAUAAAAGCUUUUGGUUUGGAAAAUAAAGUUGAUGUUGUUUUUGAAUUGAAAGCUUUGGAUACUACCAUUACCAUUCCUUUCUAUACUCCUAUUACUUAUAGUGCUGUCAUUAGACAUCAUUUGGAGAUCUCGGGUUCAAUUUCAAGACAAUUUUUAUCUUCAAUCGCCCAAUUUGCUCCUGAUGAAGAAACUAAAAAACGUACUUUGGAAAUUAGUGGUGAUAAAGCUUUAUUCGCUGAAAAAAUUCAUGAUAAUUAUUUUAAUAUUGCUAAUGCUUUAUUAUAUUUAUCAAAUGGUCAACCUUGGUCAAAUGUUCCAUUUGAGUUCCUUAUUGAAUCAGUUCCUCACUUACAAUCUCGUUAUUACUCAAUUUCUUCGUCUUCUUUAUCAGAAAAGACAAAUGUUCAUAUCACUGCUGUUGUUGAAGCAGAAAAACAUGGUGACCAAUUGGUAACCGGUGUGGUCACCAACUUAUUGAAAGAUAUCGAAAUCAAUCAAAAUAAAUCAUCUGAAAAACCAAUUGUUACUUAUGAUUUAAAUGGUCCAAGAAAAUUAUUCUCAAAUUAUAAAUUACCUGUUCAUAUUAGAAGAUCAACUUUUAAAUUACCAAGUAACCCAAAUACUCCAGUUAUCUUGAUUGGUCCAGGUACUGGUAUUGCUCCAAUGAGAGGUUUUGUUAGGGAACGUGUUGCUUUAAAGAAGAAUAAUGAUGCCAAAGUUGGUAAAACAUUAUUAUUUUAUGGUUGUAGAAAUGAAAAUGAAGAUUUCCUUUACAAAAAUGAAUGGCCAGAAUAUGCUAAAGUUUUAGGUGAAUCCUUUGAAUUUGAAGUUGCAUUCUCUAGAGCAAAUCCAGCUAAAAAAGUUUAUGUUCAACAGAAGCUUUUAGAAAGAUCUCAACAAAUUAAUAAAUUAUUAGAAGAUGGUGCAUAUAUCUAUGUUUGUGGUGAUGCUUCCAAAAUGGCCAGAGAUGUUCAAAACACUUUAUCUAAUAUCAUUUCUGCUGAACGUAGUGUUAGUGAAGAAAGAGGUCAUGAAAUUAUUAGGUCUUACAAGGUUCAAAAUAGAUAUCAAGAAGAUGUUUGGUAA